GCAUUAGUUAAUUCUCUGAGGAAGGGUUAAAAUGUCGAGAAGCAAAUGAGACAGACGUGUCAAUAUAUUUUUAUGUAAUGUUUUCAUAAUUUAUUGAUUUGUAUUAACCAAAAUAUUUGAGGUCCAUGCGUUUGCUGUAGAUGGGGCGAUAGAAAAAAUAAAAAAAAAAUGGCUGCGUACUUAGUGCAUGUGGCACUUUCAGUGACAUCCAUUACGUUGUCUCGUGGAUUGUUUUUAUUGCUGUGUCCUGUCAAAUAACAAGAUAGCAAUUCGACGCUUCGCAAUGCGAAGCGCGUGCGACGUAGAUAAAACAUGGGUUUCUUGGAGGAUACGUUCGUGAUUCUUGUUACCCAGGUCAUCUUUUUCUUAGGAGGAUGGGUAUUUUUUGUAAAAAAAUUGUUUCGGGAUUACGAAGUCCAUCACAGAUUGGUACAGUUAAUUUUUUCCACAACAUUUUCAUUGUCCUGUACUAUGUUUGAGCUAAUUAUUUUUGAAAUAGUAGGAGUUCUUGAUUCUAGUUCUAGAUACUUUCAUUGGAAUGCUGGCCUUUAUAUGCUCUUAUUUAUGGUAAUCGUUUUGAUUCCAUUUUACAUAGCAUAUUUUAUUAUCAGUAAUAUCAGAUUUGUUAGACUGAAAUUAAUAAGGCCAUUAACAGUCAUUGUAUAUUUGUUUUAUUUGUAUCUGUUUUGGAAAGUGGGAGAUCCAUUUCCAAUCUUAAGUCCAAAAAAAGGCCUACUGUCUAUAGAACAAGGUGUUAGCCGGAUUGGAGUAAUCGGAGUUACUGUGAUGGCACUUCUGUCAGGAUUUGGUGCUGUAAAUUAUCCAUACACUUCAAUGGCUUAUUUCAUGAGGCCUGUAACAUAUACUGAUGUGCAAGCCAUAGAGAAGCGAUUGUUGCAAACAAUGGAUAUGAUUGUUGCUAAGAAAAAGAGAAUAGCAUUAGCUAAAAAGGGAGAAGUUGUAGGUCACAUUGAAGCACGGUCUAGACUAUGGGGAAUGUUAGGUCCCUUAAGUGGCACUAAAAGUAAUCAAGAAAGUAUUAAACAGUUACAAGCAGAAGUGACUGCAUUAGAAGAGUUAUCUCGUCAAUUAUUCUUAGAAGCACAUGAUAUUCAAAAUGCAAGAGAACGUUUAGAAUGGGCAGCAACUUGGCAAGGAAAAUAUUUUAAUGUUCUGGGAUAUUUCUUCUCUGGUUAUUGCACAUGGAAGAUAUUCAUUUCGACAAUUAACAUAGUGUUUGAUCGCGUUGGUAAAAAAGAUCCUGUAACCAGAGCAAUUGAAAUUGCUGUUCAUUGGAUGGGAUUUAACAUCGACGUUACGUUCUGGUCACAACAUAUUUCAUUUUAUCUUAUUGGCUGUAUUGUGUUAACAUCAAUUCGCGGAUUAUUACUAACUCUUACGAAGUUUUUUUAUGCUAUAUCGAGUAGCAAAUCAUCGAAUAUUAUUGUACUUAUACUUGCUCAAAUAAUGGGUAUGUAUUUCGUAUCUUCUGUACUUUUAAUGCGGAUGAAUAUGCCGGCAGAAUAUCGCAUUAUAAUUACCCAAGUUUUAGGAGAAUUGCAAUUUAAUUUUUAUCAUAGAUGGUUCGACGUGAUCUUCUUAGUGUCCGCAUUAUCCUCAAUAGUGUUUUUGUAUUUAGCACAUAAGCAAGCACCAGCAGAACGUGUUUAAUAUAAUAAAACAUUUUUUUAAUUAAAUUAAGAUAUUUCUCUGUAUUUCGUGUUUACCGUUUUUCCCAGAUACACAAUUUUUAUGCGAUUAAAUCAAUCCUUGGUU